GUGAGGGGAGACAAUUAGUAGUCUACUUAUGGUAUUGAUUAAAUUUACGAAGAUUGAUAUUAUUGAUUAGAUAAGGAGAAACAAAGAGUGGAAGGUGAGAACUGAGAAGGAUGGGGGUAAUCCUAAAUGUUUAAUCUAGAAAUUAGGUUAAGUGGCACUGUUGGCCAACUAAAAGCAGCCUCAAAUAUACUCAAUAAUGACUCUCUCUCUGUCUAUUAUUGUUCUAUUGGGUUAGGAAUUACAAGAAACAAAUUCAAGGAAUGAAUGAUUCUAACUUGCUUACAAAGCCAUAUACGAUUGCAAAUAAAAACUCCUACCAAAAUCCAAUAUUUUCCAUCAUUUCAUACAUUUCGAGGAUAGCAAGAAGCAUCCAAAAAAAGAAGUGAUGAAAGAUCGGAUGCAGCGAUGUGUGGUAUUGCCGUUUUCGUUUGGGUGCUCGAAGCAAUCUAGCGUCGCCGUGGCUGAUUCUACACGUCAACACAAGAAACCAAACCAACUCAUCAAAAAUGAAAGUGAGGAUAAUGGCUUCUUGGUUCAAAAAGAAGACACAAAGAUGGAUAACAACAAUGCAAAUAUCUCAGACAAAAUAAUUCGAAGCUUCAAGAGUUUUUCUCACUUUUUCAUUUGUUACGAAGAGGAGGAGAGGGAAGAAAGAGAAGCGGAGAUGGAGAUAGGGUUUCCAACGGACGUGAAGCACUUGAGCCACAUUGGAGUUGAUGGAACCAUGACCACUUUCAAUGUCUCAUCCUCAUCUUUUCCAUUCGCCGGUCUCCAUCUCACUGCCGUCUAAUUGAUUAACUAAAAUCAACUCUAUGAUACAUUUAUUUUACAUGUAUACAUUUCUGUUAAUAUGUAACAGUUUCGUAGUCAAACGUAAGAUUAAAAUA